AUGGAGGCAGACAACUUCAGCGCCCACGAUGCCUGGAAGCUCCAUCUGGAUUCACGCCUUCACCCUUCGGGCACGGGUUAUCUCGAGGUCAGCGUCCCGCACGUGUCGCCAAGCACAAUGAAGACCUCGAUAGCGUUUUCGUUUCCUACUUCCGAUAUUGGUGUCAAACUUACGGAUACCCUCGUCCGCCCGAUGCAGAUAUCCCAAUUUCGACGUCUGAAGGUCAAGGGGUUGUCGGCGCCACCUACUAGUCUUUGGCAUCGCUGGUUUGGGAGCGCACGCGAAGUUCAACAACUCACCCUCGAAUCCUCGGACACGCUUUCGUGUAUUCGCGCGCUCGGACUUCCACUGCCUCAAUCACCUAUCUAUCCUACCAUGCCUUCAGAACUGGGGCCACCUCUCGAAGAGAUGCUCUUUCCUUCGCUGCAAGAACUUACGAUUCGCGAUGCCGAUUUCACGAAGAUCGUCGCUCCUGCUUUGAAUCCGGGUCAUGCUGCCGCUGUGAUGAAGCUUACUCUGAGCAAACGCGCGUAUCGGCGAUGUAUCCCGAGGUGUUUGAUGUUGCAAGAUUGCGUUGCGGACGGACGCGAGUUUGAACGUUGGACGGACGCGGUACCACCGGAUCAGCGCGAUUGGACGGCCAAUGGCUUGAACAAAUCUUCCCGUCAUAUGUAUGAGUAG